AUGCAUACAGAGCGAGGCCAUUGGGCGCGGCGAGGAGAAGCGGUGGGAAGGCGCAACCGCUCACCUGCUGGGCAGCGCGCUCCGGAGGGACCCGGCUGCGCUCCCGUGGGCCCGGGCAUCUGGACUCACCCGGAGCCUUGCAAGCGGCCCCGCUCCGGGUAUUCCCCGCCCGGCGGCCUGGAGGAGCCGAGGGGCCACCGGCAGCCCUUUGCUUUGACACAGGGGAGGCGGGGAAAGAGAUUAAAUGCUCCUCCAGAAGGAAAACCGAAGCGAAAGGGAAGGAAAGAAGCUCGAACACGGACGUCUGCUGCCCGGGUGGCUCUUUAUUGUUUACCCUUCAGGAAGUGGACUUUUCGGUAUUUUCUGAUUCUCCUCGCACCUCUGCUGGGGCAAACGGAGCCUUUUGGCCCAGCUCUCAGCUUCUCGAAAAAAACCAAUCCGAAAUCGGCUUCCGAGGAGUCCACGGUGGAGAAGUUUUGCACGGCGACGCGCCACGGGACCCUGCUCUGCACUUUGGAAAGUCGUGUCCCCUCCGGAACCAGUGUUCUCGGCGCACAGACCCCAGCAAGGCGUGGUGGCCACCGGGCCUUGGCAGCCUACCCUAGCGCACGCGGAUCUCCGCAGACGCUCUCAGAGGCGCCGGCGACUGCCGCCCUCGCAGUCUGGUGCCCUUCGCCCCGGGGCCGGGCGCCCGCGUCCUUCUAA